CAUGCGUGCAUAUGAACGCAACUUUAUGCGCUACCAUCGCUACUAUACGACUGCCAAAAUCUAGGUUAGGUUAUCAAUAAGUUAGAUAAGUUUAUUUACAAGUAGUUAUUCCACGCUCUCUCUGCAACGAAAAUAAGAGCGAUGGCAGAAAAGAAACAAUUCGACGCAUUUUUGGGAGGCUCCCAAUCAUUACCACAUGAAGUAUCUAUUAUGAAAGUGGUUGCUGCACGAGCCAGUGAAAUUUCUUCUAUGACAUAUUCAAUAGAAAAUCCUGAAAUGACAAAGUUGAUAUUUCAAAAGCUUCCUGUAUAUAUGCGCAGACGUGCCAUGUCUCACAACGUUAAAAGACUGCCACGUAAGUUGCGAGAAGCUCAUUUAAAUCAAAUGGCAAAGUCAGGUUUACCACCAAAGAGCAAGCGACCUUCUCGAAAACAUCGUAGGAGACCAUCCAAUCUACUUUCUAAAUACAAUCGGAGGCAGCUUAAAAAACAUUGGUUGGAAACUCACAUUUGGCAUGCAAAACGCUUUCAUAUGGUUGAUAGAUGGGGAUAUAGAAUCGCGGAUCAUCCAAACGACAAGUGCUUUAGAGCUAAUUAUCGAGCUGCAACAGAACACUGUCUACUGCAAGAUAUCUCUUAUUAUACUUGCAUAGAGAUAAAUGGAGAGGAAAAUUUGUUGAAAACAACUUUGAAGACACAUUGUAAACCAUUUGGCUUAUCUUUUAUAUCGAUCAAAUAUAUGAACGGACGUAACGAAGGCACUCUGAUGUUUUUUAGAAAAAACGGUUAUCCACAAUUUCCUAUUGGUAAUGUGCAUUUUCUUUGGAGACCAAAAGAGUCAAAUAUCAGAACCAUUUGGAUCUGGGUACAUCCUGCUUUUUACAUUGAUUUCCUUAACGAAAUUACGUCGAGUUUCAAGUUCAAAGAAAGCGAUGCUGAAGAAGAUGUAACUGACGUUACACACAGCCUAAAAUAUUUAUACAUAAAUGACGCCGGUUGUAAAAUGAUGAUUUUGAGGAAUGCAUUAAAUAGAUUUCGACUUUAUGGGCCAUUGACUCUAAAAGUAUUAACAUAUGCACUACAAGUACCAUCCUUAACUGAGUCAGACCUUUUACAAGAAAUGAAUUCCACUGCUACAGAGGAACAAGAUGAGUCAUUAAACAAUAUAAAGUUAAACAUAAGUAAGGAAUCAAUAGACAAUGAUGUUCUGCAAUCUGUAAAGGAAAUAGUAAUUAAUGAAGUUAAUGCAGAAGAUAAAACAGAUUCUAAAAUUUUGAGUAUACAACAACAACUUCAUAACAAAACAUGGCAUAUUGAAUACUAUAAACACAAAGAGAAUAGGGAAGCCUUUAAGGUCCAGAAAAAAUUAUGGGAAGAAUUAAAGACGUCUGAAGAAACAAUAAAUUUGCCUGAAAGUGUUAUAGGACUGACUGUUCUAGACCCACGUUUCUACUUACAUGAAAAGAAAAUGGAACGUAAAAAAGAAAUGACCUUUUUUCAGUUUACCUUAAUGUCACCAACUAAUUUAAAUUAUACUCCAAUUUGGGAUACACAAAUACGUCAUAUUGUCAGUGAUACUUGCUUGUCAACGAGCGAAUUUAAUAUGCUCAGAAGUAAAUGUCUUGUACCUGGUGUAGCAAAUGAUAAAUAUUACAAUGAAGGUAUUAUGGCGAAAAUACCUAUACUUCUUGUUCCCAGGCCUGGAAGUUACAAAGAAGCAUUUGUAGACUCUGGUAUUGACAUUAUAAUACCAGCUGGCUGGGCAAUGCCGAUUUGGCUAGCACUUGUACAACAAUGUGUAAGAGUAGGUGCUCUUCGAGAAUCAAGAUUCAUAGCCUUCGAAAGUUUGAACCCAAACACACCUGAUGUCAAUGAUCCUGACAGUCCUGCGUAUAUGGAAGAAGCAUUGACUAGGAAGGAAGAAUUAACUAAGAAAUAUUUCCGUUAUCCACCGAAUAGAAGAGUCAAUUUUAUCAAACUUGGAAUUACUAGUCCUUUUUUCUGUGAUUGGAAGAUAUUGAUAAAGGAGUGGUCAGGCACUGAAGAUUUUUAUGUUUUGAGAGAUCGCGCGUUUCUGCUGUUUCUGCAAGCCGGCAUUCGUCUUCGAUCUCCUACCAAAAAUAAUAAUACAAAGUGUCCAUAUGUCCAAACUACCCAAAUCGAUCUCCAGGAUUUAGAUAAGCAUAAGAACUGUUUAGUAUGUGUUAAAGUGUCUAUGAUGAAAGGAGUGCCGAAUGAUUUCGCGAUAAUAUGCAUACCGACGUCCGAAGACUUAAAGAAAUUGGAAAGCGAUAAGCGCUGGAUUGGGCCUGAAGAGCAGUGUCACGUUGAUUCAAACGAGGCGACGCGUAAAGUAUCACGAAAAAAUCAUUUAUUAUUGUUAAAACGAUUAAGACGGCAAAGAAUUCGACAGAAGAAAUUGCCGGAAGGUAACGUAUCUAAGUUACUGGAGCAAUCUACUGAAAUUCUAGACAAGAGUGUAGAUUCGAACAACGCAUUAUCUAAGAUUAUAUCUGAGCAAUCGGAGAAAAUGUCGAAAUUGUAUCUACCGAAGUGCACGAAAGUUCGCUAUUCCUGUGAUAGAGAAGUAAUGGGAUAUAUAACAGCGGGAGACUUUUCGUUAGUUCGUGCAAAAGGUAUCGGGAUAGGCUAUGUUGUCUUGCCCUCGUUAGUCGAAAUGAUUAACAAAAAAUCGAACAUUGUUCUCAUCAGAAAUACGCAAACACGACAAUAUAAACUGGCAACAUUAGAUCUACUGGGCAUUUAAAAAUAAAAUCAUAAAUGUGCAAUUCUGGUUUUAUUCUAUAUUUAUUAAAAAUUUAAUAUUUUUUACAGAAUGUAUCAAAUUGUUAUAGAUACAAGUUAUAACUAAUCCAAAUUGGCGAUACGAAGAGGUAUCCUGUAAAAACGACGUAGCGGUUAUUAUUAAUAAAUAACGAUCAUCUAAAUUACAGGUACCGAUUAUACAGCAGACAGUUCCAUUCAUCAACGAAAUCUGCAAAAAAAAAAUACAUUAGUCACUACAUUAGAUGAAUUCAACGUAAACAUCAUCGUGUUCUUUUUAACAUCAAUUUAAAAGAUUUGUGAAUCUAGAACUGAAACACUUGUGAUAUAUCUGUACCUAUGUUUCUGCACUUUAAGAGAAAAUAUAUUCCAAAGUUUUCUAUGAAUAGAAAUUGAAAUGAAUAGACAUCAACCCCCGUUCUCUUUCCACGUACAGAUAUAUCUUACUACUUUGUAUGAUAUUUUUCAGAAAAAUGAAAAGAACUAUUAUUGAA